AUGAUUUUAAUUUUCCUUUCUUUCUUUUUUUCCUACAUUCUUUUCAUCAACUUAGAUUUUUUAUUUUAUGCCUUUUCUUCCUUUCUUCUUUUCUUUCUUUCCCUUAACUUGGAUUUUUAUUUUUUGCCUUUCUUUCUUUCUUUCUUUCUUUCUUUCUUUCUUUCUUUCUUUUCCUUAACUUGUAUUUAUUCUGCCUUUCCUUCAUUCGUUCUUUCUUCCAUUUUUUACAGUUUUAUUUUCUGCUUUUCUUCCUUUCUUUCCUUCCUACUCUCUUUUCUUCAACUUGGAUCUUUUUAUUUUAUAUCUUUCCUCUUUUCUUUCUUUGUUUCCUUCCUUCUGUAUUUCUUUCUUUCAUUCUUUAUUUCUUUCUUUCUUUCUUUUUUCUCUUACAUUUUUCUUUUUCUUUCUGCUUUGUUUUGCUUUUUUUUCCUUUCUUUCCUUUUCUUUCUUUUUUCUUUCUGCCGUACUUUCUUUUCCCUUUUCUUCUUUCUUUCCUUCUUUACUUUCUUUCCUUCUUUACUUUCUUUCCUUCUUUACUUUCUUUCCUUCUUUACUUUCUUUCUUUCUUCAUUUCUUUCCUUCUUUAUUUCUUUCUUUCCUUUUCCUUCUUUCUUUCUUUCUUUCCUUUUUCCUUCGUUCUUUCUUUCUUUAUUUAUUUCUUUCCUUCUUUAUUUCUUUCUUUCCUUCUUUCUUUCUUUCCUUCUUUACUUUCUUUCUUUUUUCUUUCUUUAUUUCUUUCUUUCCUUUUUCCUUCUUUCUUUCUUUCUUUAUUUCUUUCUUUCCUUCUUUCUUUCUUUCUUUAUUUCUUUCUUUCCUUCUUUCUUUCCUUCUUUCUUUCUUUCUUUCUUUCUUUCUUUCUUUCUUUCUUUCUUUCUUUUCCUUAUCUUAGAUUUUAAUUCUCUAUCCUAA